GUGGUUUUGGAGCGGGGGCAAGCAAGCGCAAGCGCGAGCGAGCGAUGGCUGCGGCGGCGAGGAAGGGGAAGGGGACGGUGACGCCGCUGGGCGCGGUGUUCUCGCCGGCGGAGACGAGGAGGGCCGUGGCGCGGGUCGCCGGUGCCGUCGCCGACCGCCGCGCCGAGCUCUCCCGCCUCCAGGGCUUCGUCGCCGACAACGCCGCGCUCGUCUCCCUCGUCCAGAGGCUCCCCGACGAGCUCUCCCACGACGUCAUGGUUCCCUUCGGCGGCGCCGCAUUUUUCCCGGGCCGUUUAAUCCACACGAACGAGCUGCUGGUGCUUCUAGGGGAGGGGUACUAUGUGGAGAGGUCCGCGAAGCAGACCACUGAGAUACUGCACAGGAGGGGGAUGGAGCUGGAAGCUCAAGUGGAAGCGAUGAAGGCAACUAUAGCUGACCUUGAAGCUGAGGCAAAAUUCUUCGAAUCAACUGCCGCCGAGGCUUCUGAGGGUCUUGUUGAAAUAAGAGAAGAAUAUGACGAAGACACAGAAAUAAACUCAUCAACAUCAGAGGUUUCAAGUUCUGCUUCAGGAAUGUCAGAUAAAGACAGGGAACAUGCACGAAUCAUGGCAAGGUUAGAUGAACUUGAAAUGGAAGAAAAGGAUGCUGGGAGUACUUCCGAGGAAGACGAAGAAGAUGAUGAGGAUGACGAAGAAGAUGCUGGACCGAGUGAAGAUGACGAGGAAGAUGAGGAAGAAAGGAAUAUUCUACGUGACAAAUAUGAUCAUCAUAAUGCUAGUUUGGGUGCCUCAUUUUCUGGAAGUGAUGGUAAUGAUUGGAGUCAUGAAAGUGCGCAGCUAAAGAGUGCUCUAAAGAAGCCUGGAGGAAGGGAAAUACUGAAAAGUGCUUCUUUUACACCUUCAUCCAGUACACCUCACUCAGUUUUUCCAGGCCAGACUUCUAUAAUAAACUCUGAAAUUCAGCUUCCUGUUAAAAAAGCUGUUUCUUUUCAAGAUGAUAACAAACAUACUGUUGAUCCGUCAAAGUCUCUUCCAUUGCCACGGGGUCCAAAACACUCCAGUUCAAUACUUGAGGUGUCUUCAGAUAACACUAAAUCUCAUGAUCGGAAGAUAAUAUCAAGUGGACAAAAGGCCUUCACAGGGUCUAUUAUUGAACAUGAUGACAAUAUUGCAACCCUUCAACCAUCAAAGAGUGAUUCUUUGCAGAAUCCUGCUAGUUCAUCUUCAAGACCUGUUUCUAGAUUCAAGAUGCAGAAGGGAGGGCGUUGAGACUCUUAUCAUGGACGCUAGGUGUUUUCUCGCAGGUCUAAGAUGAGACCUUGGAGCUAGCAUGUCGGUGCGAGGAUGAGCAAAUUGUUGAUACCCUGAGUGAAGGGCUUUACGCACUGCUUUCGGUCUUGAGGGUUCAGACACUUGGGGAAAGCAUCUGUAAUUCUUGUUUGUAUCUACAAUGAUGCCAACAGCCCAACGCAUUGAUGGGGGUGUUACUUGUGAUAGCUAUGUGCAAGCAAUUUUAUAGCACUACAGACUCUGUACGCGUGGUCCUUGCAUUUGCCUUUAUGGAAUGCAAAUUCAGUGGGCUUAGUAUGUGAUACCUGACAUCCAUCAGCUGACAAAUUCUUGAAGCAUCGAUUCGAUGUGUACAUAAUUCUUGGUUUAUGUUAGUAUGCAAGCAUGCUGCUUCAUUACGGAUGUCAAGUAAUUCUUGGUGUAUGCUAGUAAGUAAAAAAUUAACUGAGAGUAGAAGCAGAUAACCGAGCAA